AUGAAUUCUACAUAUCUAGUACCAACACAAAAGGAAAUUUUACAAGCUCUCCUCAAUCUAUCUGAACCAUUUCACGCGUUCGAUAUAUUUCCAGAAGUGUCCACUUUUGAAUUCAUUACUGAAGGAGCUUUAAUAACCAUAAUAGGACUGCUUGGAGUUAUUGCAAACAUUGUGUCUUUAGUCAUUCUCUCUAGACCACAGAUGAGGUCCUCUGUUAACUGUGGUCUUCAGGGUUUAGCAGUUUUCGAUACCAUAGUCCUAAUAUGCGCUGUACUUAUGUACGGUUUCAACAAACUAGGCUCGAGAGUGAGCUUUUUGAAGUUAUACACUAUAGAUAUUUCACCUUCGAUCAUUCCUAUCGCUUACCCUAUUGGGUUAAUUGCACAGACUGGAUCUGUUUGGACCACUGUAGCUGUAACUGUGGAACGUUAUAUUGCCGUCUGUCUACCUCUAAAAGCAAAAUUCCUCUGCACAUACAGACGAGCCCGACUGUUCAACUUCAUUGUAACAUUCUUGUCCAUUUGCUACAACAUACCACGAUUCUGGGAGGUCGAGCACAUAGAAGUAUUUUCAUCCCAACUUAACAGAACUGUAUAUAAGGUAGUGGCAUCACAGUUAAGAGUCAAUAAACUUUACUAUGAAGUUUACCACAUUUGGCUGUACUUGCUGGUUAUGUACUUCAUACCUUUCCUUGUACUUACUGUGUUUAAUAUAUACAUUUGGAAAACUGUACGUCGUGCUAAUCGCGAAAGAAGAGUUUUAAGUAGAAAACAAGAAGGAGAGUUUAGUUUAGCGAUGAUGCUCUUAUGUGUUGUGAUCAUUUUUCUUCUUUGUAAUAUCCUUGCACUACUCAUCAACAUUAUCGAGUAUUUUGAUAUAUUUUUACCACCUUUGGUAAGAGUUUCAAACUUGCUCGUGACGAUAAAUUCAUCCGUAAACUUUGUGAUUUAUUGCAUUUUCGGGAGGAAGUUUAAACGAACGUUUUUGGUACUUUUCUGCAAAUAUCCGAUUCAAAGAGUUAAUUACUAUGACAGCUUCCAAGGUAGCACUUGGAUACGGUUUCGAACAAUAAAGUCAUCCUCUGGUUCUCUCAACCAAUCGGUUAAUGGUAAUGGUCAUUGUCAUAUAUAG